GGGGUUUUAUUUCAAUUUUCCCUAAAACACUUGCCAAAAAAUAAAAUUGAGUAAAAACUCUGUAAACCCUGGUUGUCUCGUUGAGAGAGAGACAGAGAGAGAUGGCACAGCAACAGUACCAGAUCGACCUUGGCAAUAUCAUGGCCUUCGACCUUCACCACCAAUUCCCCUCUCUUCCCUUUUCCAGGGAGGAGCUAGCGAAAGAAUGCCUGCAUGAGGGCACUAAGUUAGUUCAAGCAGUUGCGGAUCCUCUUUUCAACCUACCUUCGAUUGAAGACCCAAAUGGCCCCAUUGUCAAGUUGCCUCCACCGACAACAAGAUUGCCUAGAGAGAAACCUGUAUAGUAAAGCGCAAAAAGGACAAGCUUGUGUUUGAUGAACAAACUUGUACUUGGAAGCGUCGCCAUGGCUACGAUCGUGUAAACAAUGACAAAGAUAUACCCAUCAUUGAGGCAAAGAUGACUGAUGAGCCAGGAGAGGAUCCUUUUGCUAAUAGACGAGCAGAAAAGAAGCAGCGAGUUGAAAAACAGGAGAAGCAUCGAUUGCAUAACUUGAAACAAGCUGCAAAAGUUGGUGCCCUGCCAAGCCAUGUUCAACUUGCUGCCACGGCCUUGCCAAUAACAGGAACACAAGCGGAACCUAGAAAAGUCAGUAAAGAUGAACUACAAAAUGUAGCAGGAAUGACAGCAACAGCAACAGCUAGUGGUGGGAAGUUUGACAAAAAGUUACCAGGAGAAAAGCCACCAAAACAUGAAAAGAAGUAUCGGAAGUUCCUUCCAGUUGUGGAAGGAUUAGGAAUGGGCUCGCUAGAGAAGCAGCAAACUGAGAAAGUUCUGAACAAGCUUAUCUCCAAAAAUUCACAUUAUAUACUCAAUGUUGAAAAGGUAUUCCUAAACCAUCAGUUUACAUUUAUUAUUAUUAUUAUUUUUAUUUUUAUAGCAGUUAAUACUCUGAGCUUCCUUUACUUGUGGAUAAAUAAAUUUUGUUUCUCUCUGAACUUGGAUCACGUGGAAAACGGGCUGUUAACAUGUAUAAUGUGAAGAAGGAGAAGAAAAGAAACAAUCAACAUGGGAAGUCUACAUCAACCUCAAGCAAGUUGAAACCGAUGAAGAAACCUAAUAGGAAAACUUCAAAGAAAGGAUCUUCAAAAAAAAGGGAAAUCAAAAUGAAAUUAAUCUAUUGGACUAUAUUGGAUCCUGGAGUUUGUAUUAGGCACUACAAGUUUGUUUUAUGGGGAAGAGAUAAUGUUAUCAUAGUAAGUUAACUUGCAUUCAUAUUUUAUUUUUGGGGAAAAUGGUAUGCUUUAUUCAUUUA